UCCUCUUUAAUUUAUUCCUGCAAAAAAGAAAAAAAAAACCAAAAAAUAUAAUAAAAAGGAAAAAAACCGAAAAAAGAAAGCCAGAAGAAACCCUAGUUUUCUAUCACCUUUAGUGAGUCAUCGUCAAUCAAAACUCAAACCUUGAAACCAGAUAUCUCUGUAUCGGUUUGUGUUUGUAUCGACUCUUUUUUUGUUUUUUGUUUUCAAUCGUAUUGUUCAAUCUCCGAUACUGCAAUGGCGUCUGUUCCUCCACCAACGGCGCAGCCAAUCCAGCAGCAGUCUCAGCAGCAGCAGCAGCAACCACCGCAAGUACAGACGCCUGUGGCGUUCACCAACGCUUCUCUGUACGUUGGAGAUCUCGACCCUUCGGUUGGUGAAGCCCAGCUCUAUGAUCUGUUCAGUCAGGUUGCCCCAGUUGUUUCGGUUCGUGUUUGCCGAGACCAGAUCAGGAGGGUCUCACUUGGCUAUGGUUAUGUUAAUUAUAACAACCAUCAGGAUGCUACUAAUGCUUUGGAGCUCUUGAAUUUUACACCCAUUAAUGGGAAGCCUAUAAGGAUUAUGUUCUCACAUCGAGAUCCUAGUAUUCGAAAAAGUGGAUAUGCCAAUGUUUUUAUCAAGAACCUUGAUACAUCAAUAGAUAACAAAGCAUUGCAUGAUAUUUUUGCUUCUUUUGGCACUGUCCUUUCUUGCAAGGUGGCCACUGAUAACAAUGCUCAAUCAAAAGGAUAUGGAUUUGUACAGUUUGACCAGGAGGAGGCUGCACAGAAGGCCAUUAAACAGUUAAAUGGAAUGCUGAUAAAUGAUAAACAAGUAUAUGUUGGUCUUUUUGUUCGCCGUCAGGAAAGGGAUAGAACAAAUGGAUCAUCAAGGUUCACUAAUGUAUAUGUAAAAAAUUUAUCUGAAGCUAUUACAGAUGAGGACCUUAAGAAAGUUUUUGGCGCUUAUGGUCCUAUUACUAGUGCGCUUGUUAUGAAGGAUUCAAAUGGAAAAUCGAGAAGCUUUGGUUUUGUGAAUUUUCAGAACCCAGAUGAUGCUGCUUCUGCAGUUGAGAAGCUAAACGGAACUACUUAUGAUGACAAGGUUUGGUAUGUUGGGAAGGCUCAGAAAAAAUCCGAGAGAGAAGCUGAGUUAAAGGCUAAAUAUGAACAGGAAAGAAAUGGUAGGCUGGAAAAGCUACAAGGUGCUAACUUGUAUCUAAAAAAUCUUGAUGAUACCAUUGACGAUGAGAAAUUGAAGGAGUUAUUUUCUGAAUUUGGCACAAUAACAUCCUGCAAGGUCAUGCUUGAUCCUCAAGGACUGAGCAAGGGAUCAGGUUUUGUGGCAUUCUCUACCCCAGAGGAAGCUACCAGAGCUGUAAAUGAAAUGAAUGGGAAGAUGAUUGGACGGAAGCCUCUGUAUGUUGCUGUGGCCCAAAGGAAAGAAGAAAGAAAGGCACGGCUUCAGGCUCACUUUGCUCAAAUCCGAGCACCUGGUGGAAUGGCACCUGUGCCGUCAGGUAUGCCUGGGUUUCAUCCUGGUGGCCCUAGGCUAACUCCUCAGCAGCUGUAUUUUGGUCAAGGUACUGGUCUGAUCCCACCUCAGCCGGCAGGGUAUGGGUUCCAGCAACAACUCUUGCCUGGAAUCCGACCUGGUGUUGCUCCAAAUUUUAUUAUGCCAUACCACCUCCAGAGGCAAGGACAGCCUGGACAACGAAUGGGAUUAAGGCGAGGCGGAACCCCACAACAGAUGCAGCAGCAGUUGAUACAGCGUAAUGCAAAUCAAAGCUUUAGAUUCAUGCCAAAUGCACGGAAUGGAGUUGAGCCAUCUAUGGUACCUCAGGGCCUUAUGGGUCCAAUGAUGCCUUUGCCACUUGAUGUUUCUGGGAUGCCUGUGUCUCCAAUGGAUGUGUCACGUCCUGGACCAGUGCCGAUAACAACUCUUGCUUCUGCUCUAGCUUCUGCAAGCCCAGAACAUCAACGCUUGAUGCUUGGUGAACAACUGUUUCCUCUUGUGGAACGUAUUGAACACGACCUUGCUGGGAAAGUCACUGGGAUGCUGCUGGAGAUGGAUCAGACGGAGGUCCUCCAUCUCAUAGAGUCUCCAGAUGCACUGAAGAAAAAGGUUGCUGAGGCGUUGGAUGUCCUCCGGUUAGCUGCAACUGGCUCGGAUGCCUCUGACCAGCUUGGUUCACUGUCAUUAAAUGACUAAAUCAAUUUGUUUCUAUUGGUGUGUGCAUUCCUUUUUGUGUGCUCGGGGCCCAAUUUUUUUAAACAGGGCAUGGUGAGUUGUCUUUGUUUGGGAUUUCCUCCGAACUAAUUUUAUAUAUAGGUCUAUGGGAUUCUUUUUGGUGAGUUUGAGACUGUUCUCCGACAUUUGUCAGCGACUUUUAGGAUUUUAUGGUAAUUUGCGAUGGAUACUUGUUAUUAUAUUA